AUGGGACGGGAAGCGCAGCGCUGGAGGACCACAGAGAAGAAGAUGGCUGCGACGGAGCUCGACGGGCCAGCGCUGUAUCUCCUGCGCCGAGACGGCUAGAGAGGGUAUAGGGGGUAAAUAUGGGGUCGCAGACCCUCCAGGUCCUGCGGCAGGGCGUGUGGGCAUCGGUGACGGGUGGAUGGUACUACGACCCCCACCAGAACACCUUCGUGAACGCACUUCACCUUUACCUGUGGCUGCUGCUGCUCUGCCUCCCGUUCACGCUCUACAUGGCCUUGCCCCCCACAAUGGUGAUUGUGGGUAUCUACUGCGGGGUGAUAGCAGGAAUGUUUGCGCUGCUGAAGGCAGUGAAUUAUCGCCUGCACACUGCGCUGGAUGAGGGGGAGGUGGUGGAGCUGCGGGCCAAAGGGAGCGAGGGACGGGGCCAGGGGGCAGAGCGCCAACGUGAGGGUACUGGCACCCGGCAGGAAGACUCAAACGGGCCUGGGGAUCCAGGGGGUGGAAUAGAGAUGUCUGAUUUUGCACGGGAGGAGACGCCACCGGUCGACUGCAGUUCACGGAACUCUUACGUAGGAAUGGACUCCAACCAUCAGAUAACAUCCCAUGGAGGCUCAGUCACAACCAAACGGGCAGGUGUUGGAAAGGCUCCCGAUGAUAUCAGUUUGAGUUUGGCUCAGAGUUGCAGUCAGGACCAAGAUUUGAUGUUGGACACAAAGAUGUUCUGCCUCGUCUCCAAUGACUCUUUUGCCUCCAUGCAGCCAUCAACCUCAUUGGCUCAGGACCUUUAUGGCUCCACCCCUCACCCUUUUAGUCAGUCCCUGUCCUCUUGUGACACAGAAAUUACUGCCCAUCUUUCCACCCACUCACAGUCUUUCCGGAAAGAGUCAUCUCGACCUCGUGGAUUGCCUCGGACCUCAAGUUCUGCGGGAUCUGCUUUUCCAGAUCCUUCUCUGCCCGAGUUCAGCCUGUACCCUCCACCCCGUCGGGGAGGACUGGAUCCUGUCUGUGAAAUGGAGGCCUCCAGGUCACAGAGGGUGACAGAGAGCUCUGAACAGCCAGACUCUGGAACUCCCAGCACUUCAGGAACGGAAUGUCACAGAUGUCAUCCGAAGGAGCACCGCAGGAUAUCACGGUCUGUUUCCCGAGAGACAGGGGAAGGAAUGUGUGCUGGGGAAGGGGGAUCUGGGUUGUACCAGUCAGAGGGUGUACAGGGGGGUCGGGAAAGAAAAGGUGGACGGAGUGCCGGAAGUUUGCGGAGUUUAAGCACACGCAGUAGUGGCUCCACUGAGAGCUACUGCAGUGGGACGGACCGGGAUACCAACAGUACUCUGAGCAGCCUGCACAGCGAGCAGACCAGCUCCACGCACGUAGAGAGUCUACUGUCAUUGUCCGGGGAUGAGAAGGUAAAUGCAGGACAUACCGACCCGCGUAACUCUAAUAUGGCCUCGGGGGAGGCUAAUAAAAACCCCCAUGCCAACGAACUUGCUACCAAAUUACCCGUCGGCGAUGCUCCCAAAUCCACAAACUCAGAGGGCCAACAGGGGGAAGGAACUGUGGAGGCGGGACCAAGGACUAGCGUAGAUGUCUCUGCUGGUCUCGCCCACCAGCACCAGGAGGCAGAACCAGACAAAGUGCAUCCCAAAACAGCCAGUCUUGUUCACCGGGCUGCCUCCUCGUCUGCCGCCAACCACAGUGGCCGGCGAUGCAAUGGUAAGCAGCGCGCAAGCAGUUUUGAUGCCAGCAGACACCGGGAAUACAUUUGCGGACGUGGCAUGGCAAAGCCUCGCUCUGCAGUGUUCAUGAAAGGAGAGGAAGACUCCAGUGAUCAGAGCGAACUUAGUUGUGCCUCCAGCCUACACUCCACCCACCAGCUUAGCACAGACUCCUCAUCCAGCACACUCCACUCCUGCCCCUCUCCCGAGGAUCGCCGUGGCCCCUCGCUACGGGCCAAAACGAAUGGUGUGCAAACCCACGGUCAGAAGUACAAGGAAACGGAACGGGAGAAAGACAAGGAGAAGGGCAAACGCAAAGCUUCGCGACGCACUCCAAGUACAGGCAGUGCCAAAACUCAUGCCCGGGUCUUGAGCCUGGACAGCAGCACUACUGCUUGCCUUAAUGACCCCCACCAUUUGGGGGCACCAGCAAGUUCCAGACCCCUUACCACCUCCAAGUCGGACCUGGAGGCAAAAGAGGGGGAGGUGUUGGAUGCGGCAUCCUUGCUGGGAAGGGCCUCUCAGCUUGAGUCAGUGACCCGGUCGAGAAACAGUCUGCCCUGCCCUAUUUCCCUUAGUCACACGCAAGACACAACAGGAUCUCGAGCCCCAGGGAAUGACGACACAGCCACGUUUCGCCGAGAGCGUAGUACGUUUCGUCGGCAAGCGGUGCGUAGACGGCACAACGCAGGAAGUAACUCCACACCCCCAGCCUCCAUCAUCGGAUCCCCACUCAGGUACGACUCACGCGGGGAGGGAUUGAAUGGUUGCAGAACACCAGCUUUGACUCACCUGUGUCAGCAAUCCCGCACGCCGUCUCAGGUGACGGUAUUGAGCACUAGCGCCUCCCUGCUGGUCAGGAAUGGAAGUGCGCAGCUGGAGGGCUGUCCGGAUAAGGCAUCCACUGUGGGCGUGACCAGCCUGCAGGAUGACUUUGGUAAGCUGACCCCGCCUCUCUAUGAGGUCGGAGGAUGUGACAUGUCCCUGGUGAACUUUGAGCCCGCAACCAGACGAGCGUCCAACAACCUCUGGGAAACAGACUCUCACCUCUCCAGUUCUACCUCAGUUCGUUUUUACCCUCAUGACCUGUUCUCUUUUCCUCAGAUGCGUCUGAAUCGUUUACUGUCCAUGGACCCAGAGCUGUUGGAACAGCACGAUGUGAAUGGGAGUCCUGACCUGCAGGAGGCGCCGCACUGCACGCAGGACUCCACGCAUAAUCACACACACUCGCACACGCACCCACACAAAACCAAGCAGUACUACCGCCUCUGGCUGCUGCCGUACCUGUGGGUCAGGCUGCACUUUGACAGACUCACAUUACUUGCCCUCUUCGACAGGAACCGGGAGGUUCUGGAGAAUGUGCUCUCAGUGGCUCUGGCGGUUCUCGUGGCCUUCCUGGGUUCUGUGCUGCUAGUUAAUGGGUUCUUCACUGACAUUUGGGUCUUUCAGUUCUGCCUCGUUAUUGCCAGUUGCCAGUACUCAUUGCUGAAGAGUGUCCAACCCGACUCUUCAUCACCCCGACAUGGUCAUAAUCGAAUCAUCGCUUACAGCAGGCCUGUGUAUUUCUGUCUGUGCUGUGGGCUGAUCUGGCUGUUGCACUAUGGGAGUGUAAACAGCAGCUACACUGCAGUGUCUCUGUAUGGAGUCGCUCUCACCAGCUCCGUCCUGCUGUCUCAGGCGCGGGAUCUCCUCAUUGUUUUCACUUUGUGCUUUCCCAUCAUCUUCUUCAUUGGGCUGCUCCCUCAGAUUAACACUUUCGUCAUGUACCUGCUUGAGCAACUUGACAUUCAUGUCUUCGGAGGAAAUGCAUGCACCAGUCUGCUCUCAGCUCUCUAUAGUGUUGUGCGCAGCAUCAUCACCAUAGCGAUGCUCUAUGGGUUCUGCUAUGGCGCCCUAAAGGACUCGUGGGAUCCUCAGCACAUUCCUGUGCUUUUCUCAGUGUUUUGUGGGCUGUUGGUUGCUGUUUCAUACCAUCUCAGCCGCCAAAGCAGUGACCCCUCUGUUCUCAUUUCGUUAGUGCAAUCAAAGGUCUUCCCUAAUGUGAAAGAGAAAAAUCCAGAGGAUCCCCUUUCUGAAGUUGAGGAUCCUUUACCAGAGAAACUCCGCAGCUCUGUGAAUGACAGACUACAGUCAGAUGUGAUUGUGUGUGUUGUCAUUGCUGUCCUGUAUUUCGCUAUUCACGUCAGCACUGUCUUCAUUGCCUUACAGCCUUUUUUGAGCUAUGUCCUGUACGGUCUGGUUGGGGCAGUAGGGCUGUUAACUCACUACCUGUUGCCCCAGAUGAGGAAGCAGUUACCCUGGUACUGCUUCUCACACCCGCUGCUCAAAACCAGGGAGUACUAUCAGUUUGAGAUCCGGGGUGCCGCCCAUGUGAUGUGGUUUGAGCGUACACAUGUGUGGCUGCUGUUUGUGGAGAAAAACAUCCUCUAUCCACUCAUUGUGCUUAAUGAGAUGAGUGGCAGCGCACAGGAGCUCGCCAGCCCCAGGAAACUAAACACAGAGGUCGGGGCUCUAGUGAUAACCAUCGCUGGGCUGAAGCUGCUGCGUUCUUCCUUCAGUAGUCCAACAUAUCAGUAUGUCACUGUCCUCUUCACGGUCCUGUUCUUCACAUUUGAUUACCGGCAGUUUUCCGAGACAUUGCUGCUGGACCUUUUCGUUAUGUCCAUCGUUUUCAGCAAGUUAUGGGAGCUCUUUUAUAAGUUGAAGUUUGUUUAUACCUACAUCGCACCCUGGCAGAUUACCUGGGGCUCUGCCUUCCAUGCCUUCGCCCAGCCGUUUGCAGUGCCACACUCUGCCAUGUUGUUCGUACAGGCCAUUGUGUCUGCAGUUUUCUCCACUCCAUUAAACCCUUUUCUUGGCAGUGCCAUCUUCAUCAGCUCGUACGUACGACCUGUGCGCUUUUGGGAGAGAGAAUACAAUACUAAGCGAGUUGAUCACUCCAACACUAGACUUGCUUCGCAGCUUGACAGAAACCCAGGUUCAGAUGACAAUAACUUGAACUCCAUCUUCUAUGAGCAUUUGACGCGUUCCCUGCAGCAUUCUCUGUGUGGAGACCUGCAGCUGGGCCGCUGGGGAAACUACAACAUCGGAGACUGCUUCAUCCUGGCAUCUGAUUACCUCAAUGCUCUCGUUCACCUUGUUGAGAUUGGCAAUGGCCUCAUCACCUUCCAGCUCAGAGGACUUGAGUUUAGAGGGACGUAUUGCCAGCAGAGGGAGGUGGAGGCGAUAACAGAGGGAGUCGAAGAAGAUGAAAGCUGUUGUUGCUGUGAGCCCGGUCAUCUCCCCCAUCUGCUGUCCUUCAAUGCUGCAUUCGGACAGCGCUGGCUGGCCUGGGAGGUUCUGGUCACUAAAUACGCCCUGGAGGGCUACAGCAUCACCGAUAACAGUGCCGCAUCUAUGCUGCAGGUGUUUGAUCUGCGGCGAAUCCUCACCACCUACUAUGUUAAGGGCAUCAUUUAUUAUGUCAUUGCAUCUCCUAAACUGGAGGAGUGGCUGGCAAACGAAGCCCUUCUUGAGGGCUUGAAGAGCUGCGGAGAGCGAAAUUAUGUUGACUUGGAUCCGACUUUUAACCCCAAUAUUGAUGAAGAUUAUGACCACAGACUGGCUGGAAUCUCCAGAGACAGUUUCUGCUCUGUUUACCUCAGCUGGAUCCAGUACUGCAACUCACGGAGAGAGAAGCCACUGGACAGUGAGAAAGACUCUCUGUUGGUUUUGUUGUGUUACGGCCUGUGUGUUUUGGGAAGGAGAGCUCUGGGAACUGCAUCUCACCAUAUGUCCAGUAAUCUGGAGUCUUUCCUGUAUGGGUUGCAUGCAUUGUUUAAGGGAGAUUUCCGGAUCUCAUCUGUAAGAGACGAAUGGAUCUUUACUGACAUGGAACUGCUGAGAAAGGUGGUUGUCCCUGGAAUUCGCAUGUCACUUAAACUGCACCAGGAUCACUUCACCUCCCCUGAUGAGUAUGAGGAAUCAUCUGUGUUGUUUGAGGCGAUAUCUUCACACGAGCAGACACUGGUGAUCGCUCAUGAGGGUGACCCGGCCUGGCGCAGCGCUGUCCUGUCCAACUCUCCCUCUCUGCUCGCCCUUAGACAUGUGUUGGACGAAGGGACCAACGAAUACAAGAUCAUCAUGCUUAACAGACGCUAUCUCAGCUUCAGGGUCAUAAAAGUGAAUAAGGAGUGUGUACGCGGCCUGUGGGCGGGACAGCAGCAGGAAUUGGUGUUUUUGCGGAACCGAAACCCGGAGCGUGGAAGCAUCCAGAAUGCCAAGCAAGCACUACGCAACAUGAUAAACUCUUCAUGCGACCAGCCAAUCGGAUACCCCAUCUAUGUGUCACCCCUGACAACAUCUUACUGUAAUACACACCCACAGCUAAGACGCAUUCUGGGAGGACCAAUCAGCAUUGCCAACAUACGAAACUUUAUAGUCAACACGUGGCACAGACUGCGUAAGGGUUGCGGCGCUGGCUGUAACAGUGGCGGGAAUGUUGAAGAUUGUGAUGCGGGUGGCUUGUCAUGUGGCAGUGGGAAUUCUGGGAUAGCAGCGAGUGAUUCCCAGCACAGCUCAGGACUCACAGCACUGCACGCUUACACACAUCAUUCUCUGGGUAUGAGUCAGAGUUCUCAGUCUGUCCAGUCUGGUUUGGUUCGUCAGUCUCCUGCUCGUGCGUCUGUCAUCAGUCAGUCGUCCUCAUAUCGUCACAGCAGCAGCCGCCAGUCUUCACUCCGCACGUCUGUGACGGGUCUGGAGCCCUGCAGACGUUCCUCCAGCAGUCAGCUUUCUCUCCGCACGCUGCCAACCUCCCUCCAACUCCGGCUGGGCACCAAUGCCUCAGCCGCCAACCCCGACCCGCCCGGCCCCUCCAGCUCCCUCUCCGCCCACUCCAUCCCGCCCUGCAAACGACACACCCACACACUCGCCAGCCUGCUGGGAAACGAAGCCUUAGGGCUGGGGACAGACAACCAUUCUCACCCCCACCAUCAUCUUCACUACAUCCACCAUCAUCAUUACAAUCCCUCGCUGUCCUGUCUGAGAAGGGAUGACAUCUCCUACAGGGUGCAGAUCGUGGAUGUGAGUCAGGUGUUGGAUGUAAUGAAUCAUCCCAAGAGGAAGGAGCUGGUGUGGCCAGAUGAGAGCAUGAGACUAAGAUCUGGACGCAACUUCUGGAGGGACUGGAGUCCCCUAGAAGGCAUGGAGGGUCACGUGGUUCAUCGUUGGGUGCCUUGCAGUCGUGAUCCGGUUAGUCGGUCUCACAUUGAUAAGACCAUCCUGCUGGUCCAGGUGGAUGAUAAACUGGUUCCCAUUAUAGAGACGGGAGUGAUUGAACUGGGGGCAGAAGUGUGAGGACACACUCAUCUAAUGUCAGGCCAGAGGAAGAAUGAGGCCAUGCUCACUUCCAGCUAGCUGCUGAUCAGGGCGCAGGAAGCCAGGGAAUCGUGCAAAUGGAGAACAUACACACUCACACGCGCUGCAAGAAGCACACUUGCUCAAAUCUGGACAGAAAGCUGCCUUGCUUUGUGUUCCUCAGAUAUGCUGCAUGAGAGAUCAGCUCCUGUAAACUCUUCUCUCUCUUUUUCUCUCCUUUACGAGCAGCUGCGGUCUCAUUGUUUUUUUAGGUUCUAUGCAUCUAUCAGCUGUCUGUAAACACAUGAAAACUCACAGGGAACACUACAAACGAGCUUGAUGUACACGCAGAGAAGAGUUUUUUUUAUUACAGCUAUAAUUAAGUUUUAUUUUGUAUUUCUGCCAAAUUAAGUCAGGUGCACAGUGCUGC